AUGAAACCUCAACGAGGCAAAACUCCAAAGAAAAAGUAUGGCUUUUCUGGUGUCACUGUCACAGAACCUGUUGAAGUUUAUUGUCGCAUCAAACCAAUAAAUGACCCGGACAAAAUAUGCCUUAAAAAUAUUGGAGAGAAUCAAGUACAAUUGAUACAACCCCUCCACUCAAUAUGUGAUAAGAUCUGUCCCUCCACUUGUUAUAAGAUCUGUCCCUCCACUUGUUAUAAGAUCUGUCCCUCCACUUGUUAUAAGAUCUGUCCCUCCACUUGUUAUAAGAUCUGUCCCUCCACUUUGGCGCUGGCGUUUGGACACCCACCCGCCCGCUUCCAUGAUGCAAUCCAUAUGCGCAUGCGCUGGUCGAAAGUUGCACUGAAGUCAGGUUUGUUUAUUGCAAUGGAGGCUCUGGGGGGCACGUUCUCAGUGGCAAAAUUCACCUCACCUGAGCCGCUUAUAUGGACUCCUCCCAGUUUCGCAAUCACGUCGACUCCUAGCAGGAGGUCAAGCCCUGGCAAGGUUUGGUGUACAAUCAAUACCUCCACGGUUACUGGACGUAUGUUCUUGAUUUUCAACUCCAUUGUUUCGACACCUAGGCUGGUAAGGGUUUUUCCAUCAGCAGUUACAAUCUGUGCCUCUUUAGCUCUCCACGAGCGAUAUGCCGACUUACAUCUCCGUCCAUCAACGAGCAGUUUAAUCACAGGUAGCGCCUCAAUGUUGUACUUGCCGGGAGAGGAGACCGGUGCUGGCGUCUUUUUCCCUGACUCGUUUUCCCGGGCACUCUGA